UCGAAUCAAAUCAUAUCCAUCCCUCUCCCUCUAUCUUUCUCUUCCCCUUUCCUUUGUUCAUGGGUCUGUGCCUAUAAAGCUUGGACAAAUCUUCUCACUUCUUUCGAACCUUGACCUAAUUCUCUGAAUUGACAUUGGGCCGUCAUAUAGAGACACAGAGAGAGAUGGGUAGGGCUCCCUGCUGUGACAAGGCCAAUGUGAAGAAGGGUCCGUGGUCACCUGAAGAAGAUGAAAAGCUCAAGGCUUACAUUGAGGAGCAUGGAACUGGUGGCAAUUGGAUUGCUCUUCCUCGUAAGAUUGGUCUGAACAGGUGCGGGAAGAGCUGCAGACUUAGAUGGCUGAACUAUCUAAGGCCUAACAUCAAACAUGGUGGCUUCUCAGAAGAAGAAGACCACAUCAUCUGCAGCCUCUACAUAAGCAUUGGGAGCAGGUGGUCUAUAAUAGCAGCCCAAUUGCCAGGGAGAACAGAUAAUGACAUCAAGAACUACUGGCACACAAAACUGAAGAAGAAGCUCCUCGGAGGACGACGGAGAGAGCGACCUCAUUCUUGCCACCUCUCCUCCACCGAUUCCAAAGAACCAUCCAAUGACAUAGACCACAACAAGGGUUUGCAGUCCCUCAGCACGUCGGCCCUGGAAAGGUUGCAGCUCCACUUGCAACUCCAAGGCCUCCACCACCCCUUCGCCUUCCACAAUAACCCUUUGCCAUGGCCUAAUCUCCUUCCUCCUGGGGAGAGGAUCUUACAAAGCCAAUCCAGCAAUAUCUCCAAUGAAACAGUAGUCAAGCCACCACCUUCGACUAUGUCUCCAAAGGAACCCGUUCUGCUCGAUUCCAUGAACGGAGACAUUAUGGAAAGUUUUGAUGGAACUACAUUAAACGGUCUUUCUUCAACUACGACUACCGCAGUUCUCAUCAGUGAGCAGUACUCCAAUUCAAAACUCAAUGCGGUGGAGGCCGAGCUUCAUGACUUGCUUUAUGGCGGGCAGGAGGACCGUGGGGCCAAUGAAUUGGACUGUCUUAAGGAAAUGGAUGGUGAACGAGAGAGUACGAAUUGGUGGUCUAAUAAUCUUUAUGAUGCGAAAUCACAAAUAAGCUCUUUGGGCUCUUCUUCUAAUCUCCCUGCUGACUUGAUGCUUCAACAGUAUGUAUCGCCUUAUGAUCUAUAGGCGCUAUUGAGGUCCAGAUUUCUGACUCGGUAAUUAGUACUAAUUCUCUUCAAAUAGCUGAAGGUAAUGAUGUAAAUGAGUGAAUAAAUACUGUAUUAGUCUCCUCCCCAUGUACUUCUUCGCCUUUCUUCUUUUAUGGGCGAUAGUUCUUAAUCUAUGUUUUUCUGGAAGAAUUUUUUUUUUUUUUUUUAUUUUAUAUGUUGUCUAUCAGCUAUUCAAUAUGCAUAGUU